AUGGAUUACUCGGACCUGACCUUUGAGCUGAGCAGCUCUGGGUCCGAUACCCCGCCAGCGGAAGCACCCCCAUGCUUUGCAGAGUGUGACGAAAUGAAAGACCCGUCGGCGCUCAUUGAUGAGAAAGAGAAAGAUGAAGAAGACGAGGAAAAGAGAGACGGACANGUUGAACCAUCACAUCAACAAUGCACUCCUUUGGUUGAACCGACAAUAAAACUAGAAGACCUGAUGGCCCACGCAGCGGUUCGCUUUGUGGAGGCUGGAAACUACGACGACCUUAACCUCCCGGUUUUGGUACGACCACAAAAGAAGACAUCUAAGUUUUCUUUGGGGCGCUCAUUCCGUUCUGUCGCCUCCUACCUUGUAUCCAAUGUAGGACCCAGAUUUCAGGAGAGGUAUAUUGCCGUGGAGGAAUGCCCCACGCGUUCCGCACUAUUUGUAGUGCGUCAUGCUCGGCAGAAGAGUAGCAAUGCCGAUGUGGCAGCUGAAGAGCUCGGUGACGUUGUCGCGAGUUUCCCACUUAGUCGAUUGGUGGAUGUGGCUUCCUUUUCAGUCCUUAAAAAAGAUUUGUUCGUGUUCGGUUUGAUUUCUGGUUUUCUGAAUCCAAGCAGUACCAAUGAAAAGACUGCUGAGACCAAUGCCCCAGAUCGGGAGAUGCCUUCGUUCUUUAGUUCAUCUGGUGACGUUGGCUUGCAGCUUGUGUUCAAGGAAUCGCCUGCCGACUUCUCGGUGGCGAAGGACCAAUUUCGGAAAGUGGAAAUACAAUUUUUGUCCGCCAAAGAGCGUGAUGUGUGGUUGCGGUGUCUGGAGGAGGCCUACAUAUUCUUCCUCUUAGAGUCUGUACGUACAGGAGAUGGCGCUCGGCUGUCAGCUGCCGAUGUGAAAGGACUUGUGAGGGAAAGCAACCGGCUACUGCAGGAAAAACCACCACCAGCAGUGAUAGAGCGCCAUAUCGACUUUUUUCUUUCCUCAGCCGGUCGUGAGGUUAUAGAUGAUUCGCAUGAGACUCAGGUCGCAGACCCAAAUGACGUCCCUUGUGGUGGUAUUCUUCGUAUUGACUUGGGUGAUGGUCACUACGAGCCACGACGGUUUGCGUACAAAAAGUCUGUUAGGUACUCAUCCUCGGGUGAAGAGAAGGUGGAGCAGGAGUACCUGGUCAUGUACCCAACAACUGUGUCGCAGCAUGUGCUUAUGGUUCCUAAGCAUAAGGUUCCAAUUUCGCAGCUGCGUGUUUUUGUGGAGGAAGAGCACUGGGGAAACGCAUUCUUUCUCGAACAGACGGCAGAGGCCACGGAUUCGCAAAGAAAGUCCCUAUUUGGGGUGUGCCGAAGUCAUCUUGCUAAGCUACAGUCUGCGUUCACUGCUCCAGUGUUUGUUGGCAGCAACAGUGCUAGCGGUUUUGCCAUCACAGAAACGAUUGAACUCCAAACCAAUAGUUUCCCAAACCGCAUCAAAUGGCUCAAGUGGUUUGAGGCGGUGCUGAAGAGGCCUGUUGUGUACCUAUCACGUGUUCGCGAGGAGAAGGAGGCCGAGGGCUCGACGCGUACCCCAGUUCGACGGGCUAAUUCACUCUACCCGGAGUCCAUGUCUCCAGAGGCUGGCAGGAGUUAA